AUGAGUGACGAAAUUUCCAAGUUAAGAAACCAAGUUCUAGAGCUUCAGGGUCUCGUUAAGAGGCAAAGCACAAUGUUGGCGAAGACUGGCCAAUCUGUCAUUGAGUUGCAAAUAGCACAACAAAAGACGGAUAUCAGAAGCUUAGAUCUAGAAAAGAAGCCCAACAAGCCUGCUGCUGCGGAAGCUUCCUUGUCAAUUGAUACAUCUGAGUUUGCUACUAACGGAGAUUUGGAACAAUUGGUGGAAGAAUUACAAGGACAACUUGAUUAUCUUGAGGAAAGAUCAAUAAGAAGAGUAGCAAACAAUAAUAAAAGAGACCCAGCAGAUGCGAUCGGUCCAUUACCUAACGCUGACGGCGAUUUGCCAAUCGAUCUUAAAAUUCCUUUACCGGAAACGGUACAAGAGUUCAGCAAUAUCAAGGAUUUGGAUUUAUGUAAGGUAGCUGAAUUUUAUGGCGUAUUGCCAUUCCCACAAUCUGAUCUUGAAGCAAUCACUGAGGGCUUGCGUAAUGAAGAGGAUGUUUCAAUUCCUACAUUUACAGAUGCUACUGCGGCUGACCAACUAAAAAAAUACACUAAAGAAGAAAUGGAUGUUAUCUUUGACACUGUAGCAAGAUAUUUAGGGUUAAAUAAUAGAAGAACCAAAGGCACUUGGUAA